AUAUGAUAAUUUAGCUUUUACAUCACAUGCUACGCUUGUGUCUUUCAGUGACUGACACAAGUGCGCGUCAUUCGCCACACACCGCACACUUAGAUCGAGACCGCACGCAUGAUAUAAUAUGGACAAGCACUACUCACAGUCGUGGUUGCCACAAGUUACUUCCCAUGCAUUUCGGCAGAACCUCUACUAGUCGCCGUCAUUACCUGAUCGUCACGGGCGUGUCAUAACAACGCGAGAGCUAACGAAACUACUGUAACGCACGCAGCAUCGCGUUUUCUUCACAGCCCAAAACGAAAACGAAACUAGUAGUGGCAACGAAGCAACAUGCUAAAACAAUGGACAGUGUGAUCACCGACGGCAGCGACGUGCUGUGAUUGAUUUUCAACGCACCCAGGAAAACAAAAGUCGGACUUUUAAGUGAUGAAAGCAGCCAGAUCUGUUCGCAUGGGACAGAGCUUGUGUGAAGUGUGGAGCAGUACAGAAAUCCGGCGUUCGCGGCGAUCGGAGCACUAGCGGCAUCAGCGUGCGUCGGUGAGCAGUUGAAGUCGGCUUCCUGCCUGUUGAGAUGCGCUGGGAGGAAACACUGUGAACACGAGUUCAUGCUGAUGAAAUUGAUCUGUUCAGUGAGCUCGAACCAGAGCCAUGGGGAGUACCCGGACUGCAGGAGCGAGCACGAGUCUGGGGGCGAGGCGUCUCUCUUGGUGUCUCCACUGGUGGUGGCGGGCAUCGUCAUAGGCCUGGUGCUCUUUCUAUCCUGCGUCACCAUCAUCGUGGGCAGUCUGCGCAAAGACAGCCGCUUGAGGAACCCGCACCUGAGAGCCAGCUAUGGUCCAGAUGGUUACUCCUUUGGCGGUUCUGUGGGAGAACUGAGGUCAAGCUGCUUAGAAGACUUUCCACCCGGUUUGGACUUUGACUCUUACAGUCUGUCACAAGUCAGUCACCUAUAUCCUGACUCGCCACCACGUUACGAUGAAUGCGUGGGCCCAGGUUGCACUCACAUCUACAUACCUACAGACGACCCCCCACCUUACUCGCUGUGGGACCCCUGUCGAGACGACACAGAGGGAGCGGAGGAAGGUCCCAGCACAGCCAGAGCCGCCUCGCUGCUCACGGAGCAUCAACACGUCACAUCCAUCUCUUUCCCUUCGGAGGCAGCGCCGCCGUACGAGGCGGUGGUGGCGGAGCAGGGGCAGCCCCUCCCUCUUGCGCCAUGUGACCUUUCAAAGCACCAAUCUGACAGAGAUGUCGACAGCAACAGGCGACAGUCGGCCAUCAGCCAGAACUCAUAGGACCGGUCUUUCUGCCCUAUCACCAGCGCUGUCCUCUGCUAACACUUGAGUUUGACACAAACUUACACUUUUUGUGGACUAAAACUCAACAGAGUGAGAACAGUUUCCUUCAAGAGGUUUAUGGAAUCAUCAAACGAUCCCUUCCGGAUGGAACUUGGAUGUGACCCAAAGACUCUCCGCUGUCUUGCGGUAACACCAUCGUGUGGUUCUAGUUUUGACAAGAAUGAACGAAUAUUUAAAAAAAAUAUCUUUUCAAGUUGAAGCUAUUACACACAAGCACAUAGAGUACCACAUUCUUUUAAGUCACUAAUACCAUAGGUAAGCCUCACUCAAGACCAACAUCUAGUGGCGUUUUGCAAACUUUGUGAGGCCAUGAUUUCAACCAUCUCAGACAUAAAAGGCACAAUCAUCCAAUGAAACGAUGAUUAUUGUUUUAAAAAAGGACUGAAAAACAGAAGCAAAGGCUUGACACCAACGAUGCUAACUUGCUACCUUUAGCAACUUUUCAGAAUAGCAAUUCUGCGGUUUUAAAAUUUCAUUUUUGUAAUACUUGCAAUUACUUUUUGCAAUAUUCAUAAACUGAGUGUUAGUUUUCAUUCUGCUAUCACAAAAACACAGCUAAAAAGUGAGUUGGAUUUCAAAAUACCUUGUAAUUAAACUAGAGGAAUAUAGAUAUGAACAAUACAAAUGUGAAUACACUGGUCCUUCACAUACUUGUGAUUCAUGACAUUCACACAUUCGACCAGUAAAAAUUUUACCUAUUUUCACUCAUUUUUCAUUUUUUGCUCGUGUCAAACCAGUAUUGCUUAAGCGUUAUUUUUGGUUCCAAAGAAGACACAUUGAAGAGAACUGAGCAACUUGAUUUAGACCAGGGAUGUCCAAAAGUUUUUUCGCCGAGGGCGGCAUUCAGAAAAAUCAAAGGAUGCCCACUUGAAAUCCUUCUACUUUAUAUAUACACAGUAUAUGUACACACACACACACACACACACACACACACACACACACACACACACACACACACACACACACACACACACACACACACACACACACACACACACACACACACACACACACACACACACAGCUGGCCAAAUAAGCUAGGUUCAUAACGCAGGUCUUAAUGCACAGUUUCGAUAUUUUGUCAUAUCUGUUUCUUUGGCGUGCCCGUUCAGACUGCCUUUGUCCAUUGAGGCCGUUCAAGUAUUAUGAAUGCGCUAAUUCGCAGUCUGACACUCGCUGAGCAAACUGACUCACAUGCGCAGAAGCAUCAAAACAAAUAACUACACAUGCUGGUUGUAUGUAAUUCCAGGGUGAUCAUAUGUGUGUGUCAGUUUGUCCUGACUGCCCGACUCGGCCAUGUAAGCACUAAGCUAGUGUUUUUUUUUUUUUUUUUUUAACCUUUUUUGACUCACGGCUCGUUUUUACAUUGGAAAAAAAUCUCGCGGCACACCACAAACCAAAAAUGUUCCAAAAUUAUUUCCUGUACAGUAUAUCUAAUUAUAAAAUAAUUUCUUAAUAUGUAUACUUACUCAGGGUGAAACUUCAGCCUGUUUAGAUGAACACAAAGUCAAUAUCCUUAUUCUUCAAAAGCUCUCAGUCUUUGUUUUUAUCUAUUUUUUAAUAGCAGUUAGGCUUGAAAAAGCUCAGAAUUAUCAGACUG